AACUUUACUCUUUUCCCAGAAGAUUGUUAGGUCCAUUUUGAAAAGAGAGAUGGAUCUUAAACAUUUUAGCCAUGACCAUCAGCUGGUGUUCAUCCAAGAGUGGAGUCGUGCAAGUGAAGAAGAAGAAGAAGAAGGAGCUUGUUGCUUUGCGUGUGAGGAACGAGUAGAAGGUCCAUGCUACUGCUGCAGCGGUUGCAAGUUUUUUCUUCACAAGACAUGUGCCGAGUUAGAGUUAUCCCCGGAGGUAAGCCAUCCCUUCCACCCUCCACACCCUCUUAUUCUUCUACCAAAAUCACCUUAUUCUAGUUCGUACUUAUGCGAUUUUUGUUGGGGGAGUUUUUCGGGAUUGGUUUAUCAUUGUGCUUCUUGUAAGUUCGAUCUGGACAUUAAUUGUGCCUCCAUUGCUGGAAACUUUGAUAAAGUAGAAUACCCUUUCCACGAGCAUCCAUUGAUCUUAAUUGAAAAGCAUAACAGGAUUAUUAGAUGUGAUUGCUUGGGAUGUAUGAAAGAAAUAUCAUCAAGCCCAUUUUACAAAUGUUUGGAUUGCAAGAACAGGGAGGGGUACCUUCAUAAAGAAUGUGCGGAACUACCCCUUGAGAUUAAUAACUUUCACGAUCGUAGACAUCUGCUGACUCUCUUGCAAAAUCCACUUAUUCAUUUGGACAGUUGUUCUUGCUACCUGUGCAAAAUAAAAUGGAAGGGAUUUGUUUACUAUUGCAACGUUUGCGAGUUCGGCCUUAUGCUUGAAGAUGUAUCACCACUACCUGAAAUUACAACUGUCAAUCAUGAACACCCAUGGACUCUUCUAUCAAGACCAAUGUCAUUCAUUUGUGACUUUUGUGGCACUGAUGGCGAUCGCAUUCCCUAUUUGUGCACUACAUGCAACUUUAUUGUUCACAAGAGUUGCAUUUCAUUGCCACGCGUCAUCACAAUAAUGCGACAUCAUCACCGACUUUCUCAUUCCUAUUCUCUUCCAGAAAAUCAAUUUGAAAAGUGGGAGUGCAAAAUUUGUCAUAAAAAAGUGAAUACAGGGUAUGGAAGUUAUUAUUGUCCUGAUUCUGAAUGCAAUUAUAUUGCACAUGUGAAUUGUGCAACUGAUAGAAGUAUUUGGGAUCCAAAAUUUAAUGAAGACGAGAGGUCUGAGGGAGAAUCUAUAAACUGGAUCACUGAUGUUAUUCAAACAAAGUGUCUAAAGGGAGAUGAAAUAGCAACAGAGAUCAAACAUGCUUUCCACGAUCACAAUUUAACUCGCACUUUUAGUGGUGAGGUUAAAGAUGAUAUCAAUUGUGAUGGGUGUAUGAGGCCUAUCUCAACUGCAUUCUAUGGUUGUGAACAGUGCAGAUUUUUUCUUCAUAGAAAUUGUGCUGAGUUGCCUAGAGAGAAGCGACACCCAAGUCACAAGCACUUGCUUGCCCUCACGAAGAAUGAUGAAUUUGUACGUUGCUGUGCUUGUGGUCGUUUUCACUAUGGAUUUAAUUACGAGUGCAACAAAAGAGAUUGUUACUUUGAAAUUGAUAUUCAAUGUAGUUUAUUGUUAGACACUUUCAGGCAUCCAAGUCAUAAACAUCUACUUUUUCUCGAUCAUAACUGUCGUGGGAAUUGCAGUGGCUGUAACAACAUAAGUCCAUUAGCAUACAAAUGUACGCAGGGUUGUGAGUUCAUCUUAGAAUUUAGGUGUCUCACACUACCGCAAAUAGCUUGGUACAAGUACGACAACCACCCUCUCACUCUAACUUAUGAUGAGGGUUCAGAUCCAUAUCAAUUUUAUUGUGAUAUUUGUGAGGAAGAAAGAGAUUCAAACAAAUGGUUUUACUAUUGUGCUGAUUGUGAUAACGCUGCUCAUCCGGAAUGUAUUCUUGGAGAUCUCCCAUUUAUCAAGCUUGGCAGAACAUUGAAAAUUUAUCGUCACCCUCACCCGCUCACUUUUGUCAAGAAUAUUUGGAAUUGCCCUCCAUGUAAUGUCUGCAAGAAGCUUUGCAAUGAACAAGCCCUUCAAUGUACUGAAUGCAACUUAAUCUUCCAUUGGAAAUGCCAAUGGGAUUUACCAAAUUUGAAUGGCGUUUGAUCGAAGAGCUCACAGAUGCCUCAUGAACCAGCUGCAGGUACUAGUGGUGAGGCACGUCUAUCACGAGGAAUACCUGAGCAAACAUCCUUCCUAAGAAUGUAACCAAUAUGGGGGCUGAUUCUGUUAUGUAUAAUAUUUUGCCCUGGACUUUAUUUCUUUAAGUUUUUAAUAAGACGGAGAUUGUGUAUCCCAGAACCAAUAAUAUUGGGUCUAUGAAUUCUGAUGUUGUUGAACCACUGAGUUUGUUAUGUAUCAAGAACUCACACAGAUCACUAGACCACAUAACUAAUUUCUUAAUUACCGAGUUUUUUAUUUC